AUGGCCAGAUUACUCAGGCAUCAACUAUUUUCGGAUAGCAAGGCCAACAACCCGAUCCUUGACAAGUUUUAUCAAACAUCAAGUGUAUGCUCUAAUAGUGCUAUGCGAAAUAUUAUCUGCUCGUCCCGCGGCAUAGCCCUUUUACUGCGUCGCAGCAGAGGAGCUACCCGCAUUUCUGUCGCGUGUUUCCAAAGCUCGCGAUAUUCGACCGUCUCAUCCGAUUGCACAGAUGAGACAAUUUCCCUUCCUAUUGGAAACAAUGGGGCUAUCUCUCUCAUGGGGCUAUCUCCAGAGGGCCCAGAUGUAAUCCUCUACCUUCCGCCUGGACCUUUGUUUCAGGGAAAUGACACGAACGCACCUCAAAAACAUGAAAACUUUGAAGUUGAUCACCAAAGGACUGGCGAUAUCAGCACCUUGGCCUCUGCAGCAGGUUCACCCCAGCAUGUCCUAGCAUCUACUGCAUCUGCAUUGGUAGUUACAGUCAACUACCGGCUCGGGGAGAUCCAAACACAUAUUCCCCCAUCUUCAGAUAAAAGCUCUAUUUCACAAGAGCCAAUUGAAGCCCCGGACCAAACCCUGGGAUCAAGCAACCCCCAACUCACCUCUUACAAAUACCCAACCCCAGUCCACGACACACUGGCCGGAUUCGACUGGAUCAAAACCCACCUCCAACCAUCCCAGCUAGCCAUCUUCGGCACACACGUCGGAGGCUCUCUAGCUCUCAUGCUAGCUCUGACAGAAGCGCAAUCCAUCCAAGCUGUCGCCGCCAUAGACCCCGUUUGCGACUGGCCCGGCUUGGACGAGUACUGCACGCGCGAGAGCAGUAUCACAACCCCCAAAACAGGACCAGGUGGUAGUGAGAAUACCAUUCCACGCUCAACAAAAACAUCCAAACACAAGCGCCAACCACGAAAAAAGACCCCAGCACCGCCAGACCUAGUCCCCCUCCUCCAAGCCCGCUCAAGAUUCUUCUCAACCCCAGAGCGCUGCUUCGACUCCUUCGCCUCGCCAAUCCUGUUCCUUCGCUCCGCAGGCCGGGACGUGCCGCGCACAUUCCCGCAGUAUCUUACGGGACCGGAGUAUCCCGUCCCCGUGCUGAAGGAGACGCGGAGCACGACAGCCGCGGAGCAACACGCAGCAUCGGACGGGUCGAGCUGGGAUGUGUAUCCGGAUAUGGAUUCCGACGACGUCGAUGGUAUUGGUACUACUGUUACCCGGCGUCGGAAGGCACUUUCGCGCUGGCCGCCGUAUGGUCUGGAUUAUGGGCUUAGUGGGGAUACGUGGUCUGGGCCUGGAGAUGGGAUUGGGCGGUUGGAGAUGGCUUUGCCUUGGGUCCGGGUGUUCUCGAGAGAGGAUGGUGUUAAUUUAGGUUCGGAUUCUCUCUCUUCGUCUGCGAUCGAGAUGAAGCAGAAGCCUAGAGAGGGGGGUCAUGGGUCUACGGUUCUUGCUAGACAGGCUGAUGAGAUGGUCUCUGCUAUGCGGCGGGCUUGCUUUUGGGGGAGGGAGAAGGGAGUUGGGGAGCGGAGGGUUACUUUAUCUCAGGUCCAGGGUACUGGUAAUAAUGCAGGAGAGGAAGUGGGUGACUGGUUUAAGGACUUCUUCGAAGGAACAAUGGAGGAUAUAGAUUAA